AUGACGUUUUACACAACACGUUUGCCAAGGCCCUCAGUUGGUCGUUUCUGCGUCAGUGUAUUAUUAUCUCUAAAUUUUCUAGUGUCACGUACAUUUGCAGACAUGAAUUCUUCACCGCGACUGGCAACGAGAUUGGUGAGAAAUAUACGAGUAGCUACAGGAUGCAAGUCUAUUCACAGACAUUUGACUACAGUAACAAACAGAACAGUGCUGACGUGUGUACAGAAUCCACAAUCUUACAGCCCUACAGUUGGCAUUAGAUUAAAAGCUACCUGUGCUAGCAAGUUUGAAGUUAUCAAUGUACAAGACGGAGAAGAUUUUAAGAAAAGAGUUAUUGAAGCUAGUUCUACUACACCAGUUAUUGUUGACUUCCAUGCAACGUGGUGCGGUCCCUGCAAGGUGUUAGGGCCCAGACUGGAAGCCAUUCUUGCUGAGGAGAAUGGUAAAGUUGUCAUGGCAAAAGUUGAUAUUGACGACAACUCUGAACUUGCAAUGGAAUAUGGUGUGCGGUCAGUCCCGACAGUCAUCGGUGUGAAGAACGGACGUGUACAGAACCAGUUUGUUGGAGCAAUAGACGAUGAUCAGAUCCGCACUUUUGUUGACAAACUGGUUGUAUCGUGA